AUGCGGGAGGGGAGCAUGCAUCAGGGCGUGUACGAGUACGGACGGACCCUGUGGCGAGGGCUGAAGGGCGGUGGUCGGGUGGGGGUCGCGGGUUGUGGAGAGGGGCCGAUCAUGGGAACGCAGCGAGUCGCCCCUUCAGUCCGCUGGCAGGCCAGGCCUCCUGCCCACGAUCCGUCUCCGUGGUUCAUCAUCCCCGUCUCCGUGGUUCCUCCGCCCCCUGUGAUGCUGUACAUUUUGCCCCCGCCCCCGCCCACCACCGGCGCCGGGAUUUGGUCUCCCGUCUCCGACCACCACACAUGGAUAUCCAAUGCUAAACCCAGAGUCAGGAAUAGCAGAAAUCAAGUAAGUGACCCGUUCUUCCAACCUGAUUCUGGCGCUGGUGGGUCUCUGGACGAAGAAGAUACAACGAAAAAUGGAAGAAGUUUGAGCGAGUGUUACUUUGCGGGAAAGGGGGCGGCGGUGGUCCUUCCGCCUUACGAAAGGCUGCCUCCUUCUCCACAUGCUUCGGCCACCGCCGCCGCCGCCGCCCCUGCGACACCCGCCCCCGGCUCUGACAUCCAGUGCCAUUUGCAGUCCAUGUUUUACCUCCUUCGCCCCGAAGAGACCCUCAAAAUGGCAUUAAAACUUGAACAUGACGUUGAACUUAAAUGGAAAUCUACUUUUCAGGCUGUGAAGCUGGAAUCGGUACACCCUGGAAGGACGCGAUACCUCGUCGUCGUGUCCAGGAUGGGCAGGCAGCUGACGGAAGAGUCCUGCCUCCUCGGUAUCGACUGCAACCACACGACGACCGUCGGGCUCGUGCUCAAGGUUCUUGCCAACACUUCCAUAACUCUGGACGGAGAUGGCGGCUUCUCAGUGAGUGUUUGCGAAAAACACCACAUAUUCAAACCCGUCUCCGUUCAGGCUAUGUGGUCAGCGUUGCAGACGCUGCACAAGGUGAGUGGAAAGGCUCGUGAACACAACUACUUCCUGGGAGGCGUGACACAUGAUUGGGUGGCCCACUAUGAAGGCUGUAUAUCGAGUGACCGCUCCUGUCUCAACGAGUGGAACGCAAUGGAUAGCCUCGAGUCCCGGAGGCCACCUUCACCAGACUCAGUUAGACACAAGCCGACGGAACGUGAAGAGACUGAAAAGGUGAUAAGAACGGCGUUAAAGGAGAUUAUGAUGUCAGUUGAUCUGGAUGAGGUGACAUCGAAGCAAGUUCGGACCAAACUUGAAGAAUCCCUCGAUGUCGACUUGGGCGAAUUUAAGUCCUUCAUCGAUCAGGAGAUGCUGAUCAUCCUUGGCCAGAUGGACAAGGCCACUGAGAUCUUUCCCCAUGUCUACCUCGGUUCCGAAUGGAAUGCUUCCAACUUGGAAGAACUGAAUAAAAAUGGUGUUUGCCAUAUCCUUAAUGUAACAAGAGAGAUUGACAACUUUUUCCCAGGAAUGUUUGACUAUCUGAAUGUUAGAGUUUAUGACGACGAAAAGACAGAUCUCCUCAAACAUUGGGAUAAUACGUUUAAAUACAUCACCAAAGCCAAGAAAGCAGGGUCGAAAGUUCUUGUCCAUUGUAAAAUGGGAGUGAGUCGAUCCGCUUCAGUAGUCAUAGCGUAUGCGAUGAAAGCGUACAGUUGGGAUUUGAAGAAAGCGCUUAAUUUUGUACAAAAGAAGAGACAAUGUAUAAAGCCAAAUUCUAGUUUUAUAUCCCAACUUGAAACAUAUCAGGGCAUUUUGGAUGCAAUGAAGAACAAAGAGAAACUUCAGAGAUCAAAAUCUGAAACAAAUCUGAAAUGUAAGCCUAAUAGAGUGCAUAAAAUCGAGUGCAACAUCGAAAACGGCCGGAGCGUGAGCGAGGGCGAAAGCGAACGAGAGAGCGAGGAAGAACGUCUGCCUCCUCUUCAUGGAAUCAGGCCAAAGUCUUGGUCGCCAGACCAUGUUACUGCCAAUAGCAUGUUUACCCACCCCCAGAACAGUAGCAAACUCUCCGUUAGGAAGGAGACUGGUGAUGUUAAAGAGACUGAAAGGACUGAAAGCCCAGCACCGACCCCACCUCCGCCACCUCCACUUCCUCCUCUUCCCGUCCCAGAGGCUAGGAACUACAACAUCAACGUAAGGAUGCCAUGCGGUAAUGGCCUCGCUUACAGCGUAUCUCAAAAUAAAAUACUACACCUGCCCUGUUCUCAAAGUCAAGAGAAUGGUGUUUCCUCUGUUAAGCAUCGUGUAAGCACCCUUGAAUUGCAAAGCGGGAGGCACCAUAUGGAUCGAAAGGGCCUUGUCCUCAAUUUGACGUCACAAUUCGAGGAAGACAAGACUGAACCUAAGAAGGACGUUUUCUCCUCCCAGCUUGACAGGGUAUUUGACAGAGAAGAGAACGUAAAUCAUGAGGUGUCGAGGCAGUCAUCUUGGAGUUCUUUUGACAGUGGUAUGACAGGGGGUGAAGGCGUUUCUAGGCAGAGCAGCUGGGGUUCAGGGGACACCAAAUCCAUCAUCGCUUCAAGGAAUAGUUCUUGGGGUUCGUACGACAUGAGGACUCAGGUGGAAGUGAAGCCACCAGAGGUCGGCAAGGUCAAAAACCUCAAAAAAGAAUUUGAAGCUAAAAGCGGUGCAGUAAAAAGUGAAAGAGAAGAGAACAGUGACUUAGUUCAGAGCCUCCCAUCGUCGCCUAUCAGUGACAGGUGUGAAAGGCCGAGCCCCUCCGGUUCCCUCGAAGAACUAUCGGUGCGUAAACUUGUCGGGAGGUACGAACGGCCGCCCCAAGUCCCACCUCCCCGAACCUCCCGUCCUCCUAUUAUUCCCAUCAUAAAGAGCCAGCCCAUGCCGAGGAAUGUCGUGGCGAGCGUCCUGACUAAGGCCGCACACAAGAAGCAGCAGCAGGGCAAAACACACCCCUUAGCCAGGUUGACAAGGCUCAACAACCCCGUGUACAAUACCAUGUAAUUAGGCUUAAGGUAUACGAUGAACUUUACCGUUUGGCGGAUCAAAAGAAAUGAAUAGCAAAUAAAUUUGUCAUUGCCUGCUAUGUCUUCCGGCCGCACAAGGAUCACGACAUUGGCUGCACUCAAACAUAAAACUAUCAUGUUACAGUCGACCCUGACCUAAAAUAUUUAUGAAAUUUGUAAUGUAAUAAAAUUAUUUUUAUUAUUAUUA